CUCUGCUUGUAUAUGUCCAUUGAGGCACAUUUUUGUUACAAGUUGUUUGAUCCCAAUAAAUUUGGUUGCGCUGGCUUCCUGUACACGUGCAUCCUCAGUUUUGCUCAUAAAAUUGACGAACGAAAAAAAAAAUCCUUGGACCGAGAACUUGCCACCAUUGUAACUUUGUCUCAUGAGCAGUGUACACAUUGACGCAAAGACCUUCCAUAGGCGAGCGCGAUACUUCAUUUCGCAAUGGAAGGAGUCGUCCAACAAAGAGUUGUUCAACAAUGUCGACGCCAUUGCUGUUGUGGUUGGAAAGCAAGACGAAGAAAACCCGUACCAGCAAUCGACUGCGCUACAAACUUGGUUUCUGGGAUACGAGUUUCCCAAUACUGUGAUCGUAUUCACACAGGCAAAGAUAUUUGUCGUCACAACAGCUAGCAAGGCCGAAAAAUUGAAUACCGUUAAGCAAGGAGAUAAGCAGGUGCCACUUGAGAUCUUGCCGCUAGCCAAGGGAUCAGAUGACAACGGAGCAGUCUACAAAACUGUACUAGAUGCUAUUCCCGGCUCAAAGCGAAUGGGUGUUUUGACCAAAGACAAGUCUGAAGGCAAAGUGGUAGUUGAAUGGAAGACAGCCCUCAGUAAAUGUGACCCAAAGCCAGAGGAAGUUGAUGUGAGCGCUGCUGUUGGUUCUAUUCUUUCUGUAAAGGAUGAUGAGGAAGCGAGAACUAUCAAAGUCGCGUCCAAGAUAAGCUCUCAAGUUCUCAAGGAAUUUUUUGUUCACCAAAUGGAGAAAUGCAUCGAUGAAGAAAAGAGCAUUACACACGAGCAGCUCUCGGACAGCACCGAUGCCGCAUUAUCAGAUGCCAAGCAGUUUCGACAACUUAAACUUCCUAACGAUGUCGAUCAAAACGACAUUGAAUGGUGCUAUUCUCCUAUUGUACAAAGUGGAGGCGACUAUAAUUUAAAAUCAUCCGCAGUCUCCAACGAAAAGAAACUGCAUCCUGGGGUGAUCAUGUGCUCUCUCGGUGCUCGAUACAAGUCAUAUUGUUCGAACAUUGGUCGUACAUAUCUUGUGGAUCCAUCCAAGUCACAAGAACAAAACUAUCAAUUCUUGUUGGAUGUACAACAUAAGGUGUUGGACUCCAUGCGAGAUGGUGUGAAGUUUCGCGAUAUUUAUGCAAAAGCCCUUGCAUUUGUUCGGAAUAAGCGACCAGAACUGGAAAAACAUUUUGUUAAGACCCUAGGAUUUGGAAUUGGUAUUGAGUUCCGUGAAUCCAACUAUGUAAUCAAUAGCAAGAAUACUAGAGAGCUUAGAAAUGGCAUGACGCUCAAUCUCUCCAUUGGAUUUCAAGACCUGGAAAACAAGGACACCAAGGACGAAAAGGCAAAGACAUACGCUCUGUUGUUGAUUGAUACCGUUAGAGUUACCAAUGACGGUGCUGUGGCCAUGACUGACGCCCCCAAGGGUGUCAAUGAUGUAUUUUUCUUCUUUGAUGAGGAAGGCGAUGGUGAAAAGGCGGUCAAGAGUGAAGAAAAAACUCGGUCAUCAAAAUCGGAAAAGAAGAAGGCUCCAUCGGCUAUCUUAAACUCAAAAUUCAGAAGCGAAGAACAAGAUGAAGAGUCGCGAGAACAAAAGAGAAAGGCCCAUCAAAAGGAGCUUGCUGCCCAAAAAUUGGCAGAAGGCUUAAAACGAUUUGCUGAAAAUGCAGAAAACAAUGUUGGCGAGCAAAAAGCUGUAUUCCGCCGAUUUGAAAGUUACAAGUCUGACGCCAAACUGCCCAAGGAAGUCAAAAACUUACAAAUUGUCGUCGAUGCCCGUGCGAAUACUGUUAUAUUGCCUAUUUAUGGUAUGGCUGUACCUUUCCAUAUUUCUACUCUGAAGAAUGUCAGUAAGAGCGACGAAGGCGACUAUGUUAUGCUGCGUUUGAACUUUAUAACACCAGGCCAAGCUGGUGCCAAGAAAGAUGAUCAGCCAUUUGAUGAUGCAAAUGCCAACUUCGUUCGCGCCUUGACAUACCGAAGUGCCGACACUGUGCGAAUGACAGAAAUCUUUAAAAAUAUAACAGAUUUGAAGAAGGAGGCGGCGAAGAAAGAGGCCGAGAGAAAGGAGAUGGAAGACAUUGUUGAACAAGACAAACUGAUAGAAAUCAAGGGUCGUCGACCUUACCGAUUGGGUGACGUGUUUGCUCGACCUCAAAUGGAUGGUAAACGCCUUCCAGGUGAACUCGAAAUCCACCACAACGGUUUACGAUACCACUCAACUAUUCGUAGCGAUAACCGAAUAGAUAUCUUGUUUAGCAACGUUAAGCAUCUCUUUUUCCAACCUUGUGACAAUGAGCUCAUUGUCUUGCUACAUGUACACCUGAAGAAUCCUGUUAUGAUUGGCAAGAAGAAAAUCAAGGAUAUUCAAUUCUACCGCGAAGCAUCUGAUGUACAAUUUGAUGAGACUGGUAAUAGGAGACGAAGAAAGAUCUACGGAGACGAGGACGAACUGGAAUCAGAACAAGAAGAACGACGACGCAGAGCAGCACUGAAUCAGGAAUUUAAGGCGUUCUCUGAGAAGAUUGCAGAUGCUAGCGAUGGACGGUUUGAAAUCGACAUUCCUUUCCGAGAGCUUGGCUUCCAAGGUGUCCCAUUCCGAUCCAAUGUCUUACUGCAGCCCACGACCGAGUGUUUGGUUCAUUUGACAGAACCUCCUUUCCUCGUCAUCACGCUCAGUGAAAUUGAAAUUGCUCAUUUGGAACGUGUUCAAUUCGGCUUGAAAAAUUUUGAUUUGGUGUUUGUAUUCAAGGACUUCAGUAGAGCGCCUGUCCAUAUAAACACUAUUCCCACUAGUCAGUUGGACAAUGUCAAGGAAUGGCUAGAUUCUGUCGAAGUUGCGUACAAAGAAGGUCCUGUGAAUCUCAACUGGGGUAUGAUCAUGAAAACAGUCAAUGAGGAUCCUGUUGAGUUCUUCAAGAACGGUGGCUGGAACUUCCUUGGCCAAGAUAGCGAUGCUGAUGACUCAGAAGAUCAAUCAGACUCUGCCAGUGAAUUUGAACUGGACGAGUCAGAAGAAGCAGAGGAGUCCUCAGACAAUGAAAGCGAGUUCGCUUCUGAUGCCUCAGAAGACUCUGCAUCCGAUGAAGAAUUAGAUGACUCAGGAGAAGAUUGGGAUGAACUUGAAGAAAAGGCCAGAAAGGCUGAUGAGAGAAAGGUUGUCAACCAUAAACGUAGUCGAGAUUCAGAUGACGAAGGUUACAGCAAGAAGAAAAGACGAUAAAUAAUUAUAGCUUUUUGCAAACAUGAAGUUGAAAGUCUCAAAAUUGUCAAUAAA